AUGGACUGCACCCUCCCUUUGAGAGCUGGCUCAUUGACAUGCAAGGCAAGCUUUUUUUUCAACGCCGACCACUACCCCACCGAAAAAUACAAGAUGGUUUACAUUGCAUCCCGAACCACUGGAAUAGCCCAUGUGUACCUAAACCUCCGUUUGCGACAGGAUGCCAUGUAUCCGUACACUACAGCCCAGCACAUGUUCGAUGACCUUGAAUGGAAAUUCGGCGACCUGAACGAUGCAGCCGAAGCUUGCAAUGGGCUCGACAGACCAAACAUGAAACCCACAGACGACUUUCAUACCUUCCUAUGCAUGUUUUUGUACAAGUCCGGUGCAAACAGAACGCGUUUCGGGUGCCUGAAGCGCGAGCUCUAUGACCGCCUGACCCAAGAUCUGAAGAGAGCCGUCAUGCCCGCAACUCUUGACAAUGGCAUAAAAUUUGACGAGUUUACAAAGCUAUGCGGACAGGAAGAAAGACUUCUAGGGCAUGGGCACACCCAGAACAAGAAAGGGGUUUGGAAGAAGGGAAAAAAGGUGACAUCUCGGGCCCACGAGCUAUCAGGCAGCAUAGAAGGAAUAGCGAGUGCUCUGGCAACUGGAGAUAGCAAGUGGUAG